AUCCUCCACCACCCCCUCCCCCCGGCUGCCGUCACGUGGUGAGCAGGGCGACGUCACUGCUGGCUCACUGUACCCGGAAGGACCGAUGUUCGUGCCGCGGGCCGUGAAGGUGAGGCGAGGGGGUCCCGGGGAGGCUGCUGCCGCCGGGAAGAGGGCGCGAGUCGCCGCGGAGGAGCCCAGCCGAGCCGGUGCAGCCUCCGCAGGCCCCCCAGGAGGAGCGGCUGGCGAGAAGCCACCGUGCGGGACAACCGAACUAAUACCCCAGGGGAGUGCAGCAGAUCGGCCGGAACAUGAGGAGCAAGGAGUUGUUGGGGAAACUGUUUCUGGACGGGCCAAGAUCCUACCACACACUGCCUUUCCUACCCCAGAGACCAGCUCUUCCCAGGCAGAAGUCAAGCAUGGGCAAAGUGACGACGAGGACGAGGCUCCAGUUGUUUCCUACAGCAAGAACCAGCGGUGGCCGGAGACCGGCGAGCCGGUGUGCGUGGUGUGCGGCCGCUACGGAGAGUACAUCUGCAAUGAGACGGAGAGCGACGUCUGCAGCCUUCAGUGCAAGGCGCACCACUUAGUGCUGACGCAGGUGCCCGGAGUGUCCGAGGAGACGCCCGUGCCUAAUCUCGUGGAGCAGAGCGGCAGCCUCGAUGCGGAGAGCGGCGCUGAGAGCCACGGGUACAGGUACGAGGAGCACUCGUUCAUCUCGUCGCUCACGGCGGAGCAAGUGCGCUCGCUGCGCCGCUCGCUGGGAAUUUCGGUGGAGGGUCGCGAUCCCCCGCGGCCCGUGCUCGAGUUCUCGCACUGCCCCAUGCCAGAGGCGCUGGCGCAGAACCUGGCGGCGUGCGGGUACCACGAGCCCACGCCCGUGCAGAUGCAGAUGCUGCCGCCGGCGUUGGGCGGCCGCGAUGUGAUCGUAAGAGCCGAGACCGGCUCCGGGAAAACCGCGGGUUUUUUGGUGCCCAUCGUCGCUCUUCUUGCCGGCUGCGGGCCGAGCGAAGUGCGGGACCCGCUGGCCGUGGUCGUGACCCCGACGCGCGAGCUGGCCAUGCAGAUCGAGAGGCAGGCCAAGGAGCUGAUGGCUGGGCUGCCCCACAUGCGCACGGCGCUGCUCAUAGGGGGGCUGCCCCUACCCCCACAGCUGCACCGCCUAAGGCAGCGUGUACAGUUGGUGAUCGGGACUCCUGGGAGAGUCCUGGAGGUACUCAGAAGAGAUGCGCUACGCCUGAAUUCCGUCAGGAUCUUCGUCAUAGAUGAGGUCGACACGAUGCUGAAGCUGGGCUUCAGGGAGCAGGUGCUGGCAGUGCGGGAAGAGACGCCCGAGGAGCGGCAGAGCCUGCUGGUGUCGGCCACGCUUCCAACGGCCACCGUGGAGCUCGCCGAGCGGCUGACCCGCGACCCCGUGCGCAUCGCCGUGGCCGGGGAAGGGUCGGAGGUCGGGGGUCAGGCCGCGCCCGCCUCCAACGUGCGGCAGAUUGUGUUGUGGGUUGAGGAGCCGUCCAAGAAGAAAAAGCUCUUUGAGAUUCUCAAGGACGAGAAGUUGUACCAUCCGCCCGUGGUGGUGUUUGUCGACAGCAAGAUGGGCGCGGACCUCCUGGCAGAUGCCGUGGAGACGGUGAUGGGGCUCAAAGCCGCGGCCAUGCAUGCCGAUAAGCCUCAGACGGAGCGCACGAGCGUCCUGCAGGGUUUGCUGGCCGGAGAGUACGAGGUGGUUGUGAGCACGGGGGUGCUCGGACGUGGACUCGACCUCGUCAACGUCCGCCUGGUGGUGAACUUUGACCUGCCGUCCACCAUGGACGAGUAUGUGCAUCAGGUUGGGCGCAGCGGGCGCCUGGGCCGCCGCGGCACGGCGAUCUCCCUGCUGAACAACCGCGACCGGCGUCUCUUCCUGGACCUGGCUUCACGCGUCGAGGCCACGGGGACUCAGCUGCCCGCGCAGCUGCUCCAUUCCCCGCACCUGCACGAGCAGCGGCAGCGGCGGCACCAGCAGCAGCAGAAGCAGGAGCAGCAGCAGCAGGUCACCGCCGACAACCUCAUGGACGUCAUCCGCGCUCACCAGCAGGCGUCCCGCGGCAAGAAGAAGAAGCGAUGAUUUAACUGAAGUGCAACAGUGUGACAAUGGGCAUCACCAGCCAUGAUGGCCAAAAUUUACGAUGGGAGGCCGAUGGAGGGAUGCAGAAAGAGAGAUAGGCAGAAAAUGAGAUGGCGGAACAAGAUUAUAAGUUGGAGGUGGCAAGAGAUUGUAUCUUCAUUGAAGCGUGGAAGACAUUGGGAUGUGCAUGGGUGGGGGCUGUCUGGACUUCGGCAUUUUGAGUUGUCGUGUUCUCUGGAUUUGCUCGUUCGAACCCAGACAAUGUUACCGCAGGAAUUACUUAACAAGCACUCCAUAUACAAUUUGAAUGCAUACCAACCAUCCCUUUAGGUUAUUCAGUAGGCCAUUGUGUACCAAUUAUUAUGCGUGUUACCUAGGAAAGUUUCACAGAGUCUCAAUACUUUUUCAGGGGGGUCCUGCCUAAUAUUCGCGAUAGGGGUUGACAUUGGCUGCGAUUUUCCAAAUUUAGUCAUUUGUGAGUAAUCUCCACAUAUAUAAAAGGCAAAGUUGUGAAUAUGUAUGUCUGUUCAAAAUGUUUAGCGUACUUCCCGACAUGCAACAAACUUGAAAUUUGCCAUGUGGGUACUUUCCAGACUGUACACCAUGCAAAA